AUGCGCAUUCACAUUCAAAGUGAACCUCGGCUGGCCACUCGUUUCUCACACAGUUUAGACGAACCGUCGAGAAAUGUUAGCGACCUGAUUUCCGUAGUUCGGGUAGCUGCUGAUGCAGUGGACGAGGCUACAAACAUUCUUCAACGUAUGCGUGAUCUGGCGCUGCAAGCAUCUAACGUGAACAACGCUCAUUCUGUUCGAGCUGCAAUUCAAGAGGAGUUCACUGCUCUUUGUAGUGAGCUUAACCGUAUCGCGGAAACCACGUCUUUCGGUGGUAAGACGCUCCUGAACGGUUCCUUCGGAAGCCAGUCAUUCCAAAUCGGCGAGAGUUCCGAUGAGACAGUGGUGAUAACUCUAGGAAACAUACGCGCUGAUUCGGUGGAACUGGGUGGAAAGAAGUACGUUGCGGAGAACGCUGUGUCGCCGGAUUGGGUUGUGACAACUAGUACCAACUUAUCGCUCCACUACAUCAACAAGCAUGGUGAAGCGACAUCGAUUACCCUCCAAACUAAACAAGGUGAUCACCUUGAAAACGUCGCAACAUACAUCACUGCUCAAACUGAUGAUGUGCAAGCAUUUGUUGGCGAAGACGGAAAGCUGCAGAUAUUCGCCUCUACACAUAAAGUAAAAGGCGAAAUCACUAUUGGCGGUAAUCUGGGAACUGAAAUCGGCUUUGGUGCAGCGAGGGACGUCACCAUUGAAGACUCUGAUUUGACUUCUACGGGUGGCGCUCAACAAGCGAUGGCCGUUAUUGAUGACGGCGCACUUGAAGCCGUAGAUUGCCAACGAGCUGCUUUAGGUGCACUGAGACAGCGACAACCUUUGGUCCAUGUGAUUAACAGUCUAGGGAGCAUAGACAAGCAGGUAGCUACGGCUGAAGAUCGGAUCGCGGACAUCGCUGCGGCGAGAGAAUCGACUGAUUUGACGAAGUCGCAGAUGUUGGCGCGAGCGGCAGCUAUGGUUCUGGCGCAAGCGAGACAGUCGCCGUCUUCAGUUCUUAGCUUAUUACACUGA